GAGCUCCGUGAUUGGUUUAGGCCUGGAAAACAGUGUUUGGGAUUCUCAAUGUACAGGCCGCAGUAGUGCUACCGUUGGAAAAUUAACUAUAAUAAAUUACGACGCAUUCAAGGGGAUCCGAAACGCGUCAACUCUCGGAAGGCUGUCGCGGAAUAGAAACUUUAUAAGCAGAUGCCAGGUUCACAGAUUUCCUUAUUGUUUGUGAGACUUGCACGUGAAAUGAAUCAUCAUCAAAUGUGAAGGAUUGUUGAAGUCAUAGAUAAUGGAUCAAGGUGGAGGGAUCCUGGAGCUUCACAAGGAUCUCAAAAUGCCCCAUACAAUGAUAAUGCCAGAUUUUGUUGCCGGGAUGGGGGGUAUGGCCCACAUCGACGGUGACCACAUUGUGGUGUCCGUGCCGGAGGCCGUGCUGGUCUCUGAUGUGGUGACGGACGAGGGUAUCAUGCUCGAGGCUGACCUGGAGGCUGAGGUGGUGGAAGGUCCCGACAUCUGCCAUGAGGACGUCAUCACCACUGAGGGAGUCAUCAUGUCUGAGUCUAUCCUGGGGGCGGAGGUAGCCAUUGAAGAGGCACUGGGAGGCACUGUCGAUCACCACGAGCUGACUGCUGAUCUGAUUGAGGAGACUGCAUCUGAUCAGGUGUUUGUGGCUGACCUUAUUUCACCUCAUGAAGAGAGUCACCUGGAUCAUGACCUGGUGUCUGGAGAGGUCAUGGUAACCGACAUGGAGACGGAGAUUCAUUCACACGACACCGUGACAUCUGAUGGCAGUAUUAAGGAGGAAGAUGACGAGGAUGUGAAGAGUACGUCAGAGGACUAUCUCAUGAUUUCCUUGGAUGAAGUUGGGGAGAAGCUCGACAUUGGAGAUACGCCAUUAAAGAUCAGCACAGACAUGAUCCAGGACGAUGACGGGUCGAAAGAGGAUGAGUUCAGCUCAGAAGUCAUUAAAGUUUAUAUCUUUAAGGCUGAAGGGGAUGAAGAUGUGGAAAUAGGCAGCACAGAAGUGGUAUCAGAGAGUGAUUUUCCCAAUGGGCACGCAGUGUUGGAGUCAGCGGUCUCAGGCAGACUGCCCAGAGAGAAGAUGGUCUACAUGGCCGUGAAGGACGCCAGUCAGGGAGAGGAUGAUAUCAACUGUUCUGAGAUGACUGACCAGGUGUAUAUGGAGGUGAUUGUCGGAGAGGAAGAGGCUCCUGCCAUCCAGGAAGUCCAGUCAGAGGAUACACCAGUUAACAAGACCUUCGUCCCUGCGGCCUGGGCUUAUGGCAGCGGUUUAGAGAGUAAGAAUGGCACUGCUACCCCAUACCUGCAGAUCACAGACAGCAUAAACACCAGCCGAGCUCUCAAACAGAGACUGAAGAAGAAGAGGAGGGGAGAGUCACGCCAGUGCCAGACCGCUGUUAUUAUUGGUCCUGAUGGACAGCCCCUCACCGUCUACCCCUGCCACAUCUGCGGCAAGAAGUUCAAGACGCGAGGCUUCCUCAAACGGCACAUGAAGAACCACCCGGACCACGUUUUUAAGAAGAAGUACCAGUGCACCGACUGUGACUUCACCACCAACAAGAAGGUGAGUUUCCACAACCAUCUGGAAAGCCACAAACUCAUCAUCAAGAACGAAAAGAUCCCAGAGUACACGGAGUACACGCGCCGCUAUCACGAGGCAAGCCCUCUCGGCUCCAACAAACUCAUCCUGCGAGACAAGGAGCCCAAGCUGCACAAGUGUAAGUAUUGCGAGUACGAGACGGCCGAACAGGGUCUCCUGAACCGCCAUCUGCUGGCUGUGCACAGCAAGAACUUUGCGCACGUUUGCGUGGAGUGCGCCAAGGGCUUCCGCCACCCAUCGGAGCUCAAGAAGCACAUGAGGACCCACACGGGCGAGAAGCCCUUCCGUUGCCAGCACUGCGACUUUCGUUGUGCCGAUCAGUCCAACUUAAAGACUCACAUAAAGAGCAAACACGGCACAGACCUUCCCUUUAAGUGUGGACAGUGCCCGCAGGCCUUCGCCGAUGACAGAGAGCUCCAGAGGCACACGGAGAUCUUUCAGGGCCACAAGACUCACCAGUGUCCGCACUGCGACCACAAGAGCACCAAUUCCAGCGACUUGAAGCGUCACAUCAUCUCGGUGCACACCAAAGACUUCCCGCACAAGUGCGACGUGUGUGAAAAGGGCUUCCACAGACCCUCAGAACUGAAAAAGCACGCCGAGACUCACAAGGGAAAUAAAGUACAUCAGUGCCGACACUGCGAUUUUAAGAUAUCAGACCCCUUCACGCUCAGCAGGCACAUCUUGUCCGUUCACACCAAGGACUUGCCGUUCAAAUGCAAGCGUUGCAAGCGUGGUUUCAGGCAACAGAACGAACUGAAAAAGCACAUGAAGACGCACAGCGGUCGCAAGGUCUACCAAUGCCAAUAUUGCGAGUACAACACUACGGACGCUUCGGGUUUCAAGCGGCACGUCAUAUCCAUUCACACUAAGGACUAUCCUCACAGGUGUGACUACUGCAAAAAGGGUUUCAGGCGACCUUCGGAAAAGAACCAACAUAUCAUGCGACAUCACAAGGAAACCGUAAUGUAAUGUUCACUUAGCCUCAGUCAUGAGCAAAUGUAAUACUCUACAGAUACACAUGACAUACAGUAUAGAUGCCUACAUUUAACAACCUGUAUUGUUGUUUAAUCUGAUUCAAAAAACUGGUGGUCCCGGUCAAAAGUCUCACACUUUUCCGCAAAGCAAAUCGCUCAUUCAGGGUCUUAAAUGUUUAUAUUUUUAUACCCACAUACCGCUUAAAUGCUGCAAGCGAACCAUGAUCAAUAUAUGAAAAAAAUGAUUUAACCUCUAAAUGAUCAUUUUUGUCUAUACACUCACCCUCACGAUGCUUUAAGGCUGCUCCUCCCUUCAUGCAGUGAAAGCAUACUGGGACCUUAAGCUGUCGAGCACCAAAAUGAACAAAAAAAGCUUUUAAUCAAUUUUAACGAUGAUUCCAGAUAUUCUUAAGUUGUGCUUUGUGUAAUGACAAGCAAAUCUUAUUUGCAUUCGUAUUGACGCAUCUUUAUCAGUGAUGUCAUUGGGUCUAAUCACAGUGUGGUAAGUUUGUAAAUGUAAAAGUGUUCAUAGUUUUAACUUUCAAAGCUCAACAGCUCCUGGUCACUUUAUACUUCCAUUGUCAAUCAAAGAGCAUUAUUAACAUUUUAUUUUAGUAUUUUAUUCGAAUAAGAUGAAGGAGAGUAAAUAAUGACAGAAUUCUCAUCUUUCAGUCUGGUGUACUCCUCAGUCAACGUUUUUUACCAUUUUUGGUAAAAUUUUUACCUAGUAUGUCCAGGUUUUACUUUAAACCAUUUUAAAGCCAGCCAUGAUGUUUAUCUGAGCAACUAUUUGAAAUGGUAUGAUUCAAAGCUUUAAAGUUUUUAUCGGCUCGCACAUCAUUCGCUCUUUGUAGUCCUGGUGUGUCUUGAGAGCUCGGUCUAGUUUAUCAGAUGAACAUUGUAUGUUUGAUGUGAAGACCACUACAGAUUCGAUGUUUAUGUAGUCAACUCGUGGCAAACAUGCACAUACGGCCAAUUAUUUUGGAUCUCUUCUUUUGGGAGUCAUGCCUUACAUGUUAUGUAUUUUCUUGCACUGAAUACAGUAAAUAGAAAUCAUUUGUGUAUAUUUUUAACAAGUUUCAAUAAUGCUAUGAUAGAAGAUGUAUACAUUAACAAAUGCAAAUCACAGCAAGAGCACCUUUUGAUUUUAUAAUGUCACGUAUUUAUUUAUUAGUGGGUGGGCGUACAUAGGCACACAAUGUCCUAAACCAAAAGCCAUCCGUCGUUCUGCCAGUAUUUACAUGUAAAAGACCUCAGCGAUUGAAAGAGGCAAGCCUUGAUUUCUAGCUGUUAUAUGUUAACACAAUCGUAGUGAACAGCAGUGUGUGCAGAAAACAAACUAUUUUAAUGUGAGGAGGAGAGCGACUGCACUUUCUGUUAAACAUGCGCUUUUAUUGUCUGCCAUUCCAAUGAAAUAAAGUCAUCACUUCAGUGUUGUCAUGUAAAAACAUUUGUUAAGAUGCCUCUCAUUAAAAAGACUGGUUUGUGUUUUAUGACAUUGUGGUCGAGCGAUAAGGGAAUGAGUUACAGGAACGUUAUGUUUUUGAAAUAAUCCUGUUUUCCAAAAUAACCAAACGCUACUGUUCGGUUGUUUCGUUUUCUGGAUGAACAGAAAUAUUUCAGCAUAAUGCUUAUAAACAAUCUUGCUUCUGCAAUUUAGGUAUGUUCACAAAUACAUUGGGUGUAUUAAAUAAGAAACGAUCAAAGAAAACGUUCAAGUCAUGAAGUACCAUCAAAGAAAUCAUACAAGGCACCUUAUUUAUGGACAUCAUUACAUGUUGUUUUCAGACUUUGGGCUUCGUUGAUGAAACGACCAAAGUGUAUUUGUGUGUAAUUGUUUUUUUUAAUGUAAUUGCAUCAAAAUGGAUGCAGCAGCUUUGAUAAGAAUGAUUUUAUGAAUGAGUUACACACAGUUACACAGCUCGUGUAUCAUGAAUUAAGUCCAUUGUUUUUGUGGCCCUUUGAAUUACCCCAAGCAUUGUUUGAAACCCGUCUGUAUAAGCAGUUGUUUGGCAGACACCUGCACCAAAAUGUGUGCGAGCGGUCUAGAUGAUGCUGUGUUUGUAACAGACUAUCAUUCUUGUGAAUGAAAAUUUCAUGUCAUUUGUUUAUGAUGAUGGUGACAGAUGGACAACUGGUGAAGAGGAUAAAAAUAAAUAUGUCCUUUAAAAAAUGUUUUUGCUUUCAGAAAUUGUUUCGCACUCAGGUAUUUCCGUGACAUUUUUCAACUAGCACUUUUUCAGAUGUAAGAAUUAACGGAUUCUAAAUAAAACAAAUGAAGCUCAUUUUAAUCUGCUCAUUAUAAAUGUUGUAUUAUGUCAUUAAAGUGGUUGGUUUUA